GAGAACUCAACAACUGUACUGCUGAAUGUGAUAUACAUGCCUCAGAUCUCUGGCUCUGGGAGCUGCAGCAGAACUGCAGCAGAGAUCAGCUGCUCCUGUGAGAGCCGUGGGAAUCCCUCUCCCAGCAUGGAGUGGCGUGUGUCUGGACUGCGGGUCACUAACUCUACUGACAGAGUCAUCAGGGAGGAGCAGCUGGGGAACACAGGCCUGAGGAGCUCCCUCACCAUGCGCCACUCACAGGGAGACACGGCCACUCUCCUCUGCCUCAGUACCAACGCUCUCGGCACCUCCAGCCUCCAGCUCUGUGUCUCGUCUCCACAGCAACAGUCAGACUCUCCACCCAAACCCAAGUUAACCACAGAGAAGCUGGAGGUGAUGGAGGGGACCUCUGUGAGUUUGAGCUGCUCUGCUGCAGCCCCCUGUCCCAAACUCCCCCCAAAUCUGACAUGGACCCCCAGGCUGAGUGACAGUGUGGAUCAACUGCAAGAGAAUGAGGAUAAAACCACAUCUGUGUCUUCUGUUCUGACCUUCACUGCUUCCCACCUCUACCAUAGGCAGAAGAUCACCUGCAGGGCACUUUACACACUGCAACAAGGAGGCAAUCAGACGUCUGAGGCCAGUCUGACUCUCAAAGUCCGAUAUCCUCCAAAGAAGACCUCAGUGUCAGUCAGUCCCUCUGGUUCAGUGUUAGAGGGCAGCACAGUGACUCUGACCUGCAGCAGUAAAGCCAGCCCACCAGUUCAGAACUACACCUGGUAUAGAGUGAAUGGGACAGAGAUGAACACUGUAGGAACUGGACAGAAUCUCACCUUCAAUGUGACUGAGUCCAGUGGCAGUGAACAGUACUACUGUGAAGCACAGAAUGAACAUGGCAAGGAGAACUCAACAACUGUACUGCUGAAUGUGAUAUACAUGCCUCAGAUCUCUGGCUCUGGGAGCUGCAGCAGAACUGCAGCAGAGAUCAGCUGCUCCUGUGAGAGCCGUGGGAAUCCCUCUCCCAGCAUGGAGUGGCGUGUGUCUGGACUGCGGGUCACUAACUCUACUGACAGAGUCAUCAGGGAGGAGCAGCUGGGGAACACAGGGCUGAGGAGCUCCCUCACCAUGCGCCACUCACAGGGAGACACGGCCACUCUCCUCUGCCUCAGUACCAACGCUCUCGGCACCUCCAGCCUCCAGCACUGUGUCCCGUCUCCACAGCAACAGUCAGGAGUACACCUGCAACCACUGCUAUAUGUUAUCAUUGUAGCACUGAUUUGUCUGAAUGUGCUGACUGUUGGAUUCUGUCUCCACAAAAAUAAAAGGUUGUCUAGAAGACUGAAGGGAGGGAGGGACGGUGACACAUACGGCAGUCUGCAGCUCGCCAACAUCAGCCCUGAAUAUGACGUGCUGCAGGUUAAAAACAAACACCAGAAAGACACUGUGACUGCACAAGAAGAGGCUGAUGACUACCAGAACACUGGAGAUGGAAACUGAGGCAGACGCAGUGGCUCAUUAAAACUAUGAGCUUGUUGUGUUUCCUUAAAAGCUGGUGUCUUUAAAAGCAUGAUCAAAAAGCAAACAUGAUCAAACGUAAACCUGAACUCUAAAUGGUACAGUUAAACAUUCUUCCUGCAAAUUGUAUUUUCAUUUUUUUAUUGUUUAAAAAUAGUAAAAAGGAAAAGGGGCCUAAAAAUGUGGCAUUUGGCAUGCAGAAGAAUAUUUCUGAGCUAGUGGUGUUCUGCCAGGAAGAAUGGGGAAAAUUCUAAAACCAAGAAUUGAAAAAAUGAGUUACAGAGUACUCAUUGACAGGGCUCCCAGACUUUUGCAUUGCGACUUUUUUUGAAACUAAAGAAUUAAAAUAAAUGUGAUGUUGCUUUAAAUUUGAAGAAAUGUGUCAUGUUUAAUGAUUUAGAGAUCAGGCUUGCUUAGACAUUAAUUUUAAAAGGCAGUUUGAGCAGGGGUGCCAAAAUCUUUGCACCCCACUGUAAAUUUGGCAGUUACCUGUUUUUCUGCAACCGUGUGAAUUUUCAGAGAGGAAACCAAGAGUUGUCCUUGGAAUGGAAUCUUGACUAAAGCAUAAAAUAAAUAAAUAAAUGAAUAAAUUCAAAUGGAAAUGUGCUGUUUGAUGCCAUUUUUGUAAAAUUUUUAUCUGUCUUUAUUUAAUCUGCAGACUGACUGCAUUACGGACGUAUGUGAAACUUUUUUACUCCUGCAUGAAAGGGCAGUUUUUUAUCUUUCACUUCCUGUUUUAGACUAUAUAAGAAAAGGGCACAGCAUUGAGGUCAGAGCAUUGAGGUUAAAAUUAGAUUAUUUUUUCACUGUUUCAUUUUUUCUCCAUCCUGAUACCCAUAACUUUGGCUUAAAAUACUGUAGGUUUUACAGUAAACCUACAGAAAACCUACAGCAGGAUAUGAUUUCAGUAUUUAGGUAUUUUCUGUGAUGCCAUGAUAAAGAAAAGACUGGAUGGGCAUUAAUAUUGGAUUUGUUUAAAUUAAGGUAAAAACUAUUGUAUAUACAGUACGACAACAAUUCUCUUUUAUGAUUGCUCUGUUAAUCUGUCGACAUUACCCGUGAAAUAAAUAAAUAAAAGUUUGCUGGUU